AUGGCUGCUCAGUUUAAAGCAUUCUUGGAUGCAACUGGUGGCCUAUGGCGUACUCAGGCACUUGCAGGAAUCUUUUACAGCACUGCUUCUCAAGGAGGAGGACAGGAGACUACACCGUUGACUUCCGUCACUCAGCUUGCUCACCAUGGAAUGAUUUUUGUGCCCAUUGGUUACACAUUUGGUGCUGGUAUGUUUCAGAUGGAGAGUGUGAAGGGUGGUUCCCCGUAUGGUUCGGGAACCUACGCUGGAGACGGCUCGAGACAGCCUACCGAGUUGGAAUUGGCUCAAGCUUUCCAUCAAGGGAAGCAUUUUGCUGGCAUUGCAAAGAAGCUCAAAGGAUCUCAGUGA